AUGAACGACAGAAAGCAACCACUACUUUACUUGUAUGAUCUCCCUAAAGAUAAAACAACAUCAGUCUUAAUUGCUAGCAUAUUAAAAGAGCAAGCUAAUUAUGAAAUAUCAGAAGCUCCUCAAAUUAAAAGAGUUUAAGACCGUCCAUUCUAUACUGCUAUUGUCAAAAUUAAUGAUCCAAAUAGAUAUGAUGAGAUUUGCUAAAAAUUGAAAUUCUUCUAAAUUGAUAAUAAAGAAUGUCGUGCUCUUCCUUACAUGAAGGAACUAACUGCUGCUUACAGAUCAGUUACGAAUCAAAAUAACAAUAUCUUUAUUAAAGGCAUUGAUAAAAAUAAGUCUUAAAAGGAUCUUGAGAAAAGAAUAAUGGAAUUACUAGGUUAAUAAGAUAUAGUAUCUUCUCUCAAAAUAUCAAUUACACCUGAUCAUAAAUCUAAUGGGUAUGGAUAUGUAUUGUUUAAGAGUUAAGAAUUGGUAGAAAAAGCACUAAAAUUGUAAGAAGAAGGUUUGAUCAAUGAGAUGCUAAUAACUAGAUACUAGCCGAAGGAUAGAAGAGAUAUGAGGAAAGCAUUCAACAACAUAUACAUUAAGAAUAUCCCAGCAGAAUGGAAGGAAGAGAAUCUAAGAUAACUAUUUAGCAAAUAUGGGCACAUCACGAGUCUUGCCCUAAUUUAAGCUCAAAUUCCUGGGUAACCUGAGGGAACUACAGCACCAAUAGCUUUUAUUGCUUUUGGUGAUCCAGCUGAAAAAGAUAAGGACCCUGAAAUUGGAAUUAAAAGUGCAAAUACAGCUGUAAAUGAUUUACACGAUGUAGUGUUUGAUGGCCAAAAAUUGUAUGUUUAAAGAGCUAUGGGAAAAGAGGAAAGAGAAUAAGAAAAAAAAAGAGAAUAACUUAGAUUCAAGAAAUCAAAAUAAAGAUGCAACUUAUAUGUUAAGAACUUCCCUCCAAAUACAACAGAACAGUAGCUCAGAGACCUAUUUGGAAGUUAUGGAGAGAUUGAAAGUUUAAAAUUAUUGCCAAAGGAAGGAGAGGCUUUAUAUGCUUUUAUUUGUUUCGUAAGUCCCGACAGUGCUGCUCUAGCCAAAUAGUAAUUGCAUCUUCACUCAUUAAACGGCAAGCAACUCUAUAUUAAUAAUUAUGAACUGAAAGAAGUAAGAUAAGUUUAAUAAGAAGCUGCAUAAGAUUAAGCCGGAUUCUAAAACUACAAGAAGUAGCAGCCAGCACCAUUGACUCUAGAAAUUCUAAACAAACCUGAAAUUUACUAGCUUAUCUAAUACCUUAUGAUUACAUUAAAGCAGCAGUAAAAUGGUAGAUAAGGAGGAAAUCAGAAUCCUAGGUACAAUAACAAUAACUAAAGAACAGGAGGUUAAAGAACUGGUGGUUACAACAAUCAUCAAUAGAUAUAGUAAUAGUAGAUGCAAGGUAUUCCAAAUAAUCAGCAACAGUAAAACAUGAUGCAACAUCAAUAGAUGAGAUAAUAGCCCCCAGUCAUGCCACCUUAAUAAAUGAUGCACUAAUAGAUUCCUGUGCAACAAAUAAUUCCUUAGUAGAUCCAAAACCUAGGACUUCCACCUCAUAUUAUUCAAUAUCAAGUAGAAUCUAACAGAAUUAUACCUGCAGUUAUUCCUUAGAACCCUAACUACAAGUAGAAUGUAGGUGAGUUCAUCUAUGAUUAUGUAGAGUAAUUGUCAAGUGAGAUUCACGCCCCAAAGAUUACAGGUAUGUUGAUUGAGCUUCCUAUUCCUGAAAUUUAGGCAUUCCUAAAGGACUACAAUAGACUCGAUAGAAAGGUAAAGGAAGCACAUACCCUCCUUCAGAAAUCACAGGAACAAUGA